AUGGCGAAUGUGAGGGUAGCCGUGAGGGUCCGGCCCCUCAGCAAGAGGGAGACCAAAGAAGGGGGAAGAAUUAUUGUGGAAGUUGAUGGCAAAGUGGCAAAAAUCAGAAAUUUAAAGAUGGACAAUCGACCAGAUGGCUUUGGAGACUCUCGAGAGAAGGUUGUGGCAUUUGGCUUUGAUUACUGCUACUGGUCAGUCAACCCAGAGGAUCCUCAGUAUGCAUCUCAGGAUGUGGUUUUCCAGGAUUUGGGGACUGAAGUAUUGUCUGGUGCUGCUAAAGGCUACAACAUAUGCCUUUUUGCCUAUGGGCAGACAGGCUCUGGGAAGACAUACACCAUGCUGGGGACCCCAGCCUCUGUUGGGCUGACGCCACGGAUAUGUGAGGGUCUCUUCAUCAGGGAGGAGGACUGUGCCCCACUGCCUUCCUCUCGUAGGAUAAAAGUAAGUUUCCUGGAAAUCUAUAAUGAACGAGUACGGGAUCUGCUGAAGCAAUCUGAUCAAAAAAAGUCCUACACUCUGCGGGUCAGAGAGCAUCCAGAGAUGGGGCCCUAUGUACAAGGUUUAUCUCAACAUGUAGUUACCAACUAUAAGCAAGUAAUUCAACUCUUGGAGGAGGGAAUAGCAAACAGAAUCACAGCAGCUACUCAUGUUCAUGAGGCCAGCAGCAGAUCCCAUGUCAUCUUCACUAUCUACUAUACACAGGCGAUCCUGGAGAACAACCUCCCCUCUGAAAUUGCUAGCAAGAUCAACCUUGUGGACCUAGCAGGCAGUGAAAGAGCAGAUCCCAGUUACUGUAAGGACCGCAUUACUGAAGGAGCCAAUAUCAACAAGUCUCUUGUGACUCUGGGAAUUGUCAUCUCCACCUUAGCCCAGAAUUCCCAAGCAUUCAGCAGCUGCCAGAGCCUCAACAGUACAGCCAGUGAUGGUGGUGACAGUGGGAUCCCUAGCUCUCCUUCUGGGACCAGCAGUGGAGGGGGGCCCUCCCGGAGGCAGUCUUACAUCCCAUACCGGGACUCCGUGUUGACAUGGCUGCUGAAGGACAGUCUUGGAGGCAACUCCAAAACUAUCAUGGUUGCUACUGUGUCUCCUGCACACACUUGCUACAGUGAGACCAUGAGCACACUGAGGUAUGCAUCCAAUGCCAAACACAUCAUCAACAAGCCACGGGUAAAUGAGGAUGCAAAUAUGAAACUGAUCAGAGAACUCAGGGAGGAGAUUGGAAGACUCAAAGCCAUGCUGCUGAACUUCGAACUGAGAAAUUACAGCCUAUUGAAUGAGGAAAAGGAUGAGAAUCUGAAGGAGCUGGUUCUCCAGAAUGAAUUGAAGAUAGACCAGCUGACUAAAGACUGGACCCAGAAGUGGAAUGAGUGGAAGGCCCUCGUGGAACAUUACAGAGUGGACAUCAACAGGAGGAGGGCUGGCGUGGUCAUUGACUCCAGCCUGCCACAUCUAAUGGCCUUGGAGGAUGACGUACUCAGCACAGGUGUCGUGCUCUAUCAUCUCAAGGAAGGGACAACAAAAAUAGGAAGGAUUGACUCAGACCAGGAACAGGACAUUGUCCUGCAGGGGCAGUGGAUUGAGAGAGACCACUGUACUAUCACCAGUGCCUGUGGGGUAGUCAUUCUGCGACCUGCCCGGGGGGCCCGCUGCACAGUCAAUGGCCGGGAGGUCAUUGCCUCCUGUCGUCUGACCCAAGGAGCAGUCAUAACCCUGGGGAAAGCACAGAAGUUCCGAUUCAACCACCCAGCAGAGGCCGCUGUCCUGCGGCAGAGAAGGCAGGUCGGAGAGGCUGUCAGUGGCAGUGGCUCUUUGGAAUGGUUGGACUUGGAUGGAGAUGUCACUGCCUCCCGGUUGGGUCUCUGCCCUUUGCUUUGGAAGAAAAGGAGAGUGCUAGAAGAGCAGAAUGACGAGGACCACCAGCUGCUGAGGGCUGGAGAGGCGCCCCACAGGGCGCAGAUUCAGCAGCAGCACUAUGUGGGGGAUUUGAGGCAGCGAAUCCUAGCGGGACAGAUUAGAGCCAAACAGGAUCUGGAGUUGGACCAGGCUCACAUCAGCCGGCAAAUUAAAGACAACCAGCAGUGCCUGCUCGAAGAGACCUGGCUGGCUGGCUUGCAGCAGCAGCAAGACCACGUGGUAGAGAAAGAACUCGAGGCCUGUGUGCCACCUGGUGCUUGGCUUCAGGCAGAUCCUGAGACUCUGCUAAACCCACUGGUCCAAAGCCAGAAGAGGGAGGUGCGACUGCAGCUUGGGCGCAGGAACGUACUUUGGGCAGCACAGCGGGACAUCCGGCAAAGAAAGGCCUCCUUCCAGCUAGAGAGAAUCAUCAGGAAGCAGAGGCUGCUGGGGGCCCAGAAGGGACUGGAGCAGCCCAAGGCGUUGUGCUGGCUCCAGGAUGACCGCACCCAGAAGCCCCCAUACCGGGUACCUGGCACUGACGCCAUGGUCCCAGGGCCUCAACAUAGAAAGAGAUGGACAGGUUACAGUUCUUUGAGCCUCCGAAGGCUCUGCAGCCGGUACUUGCCCCAGCUACACAGUAUUUUCCUGAAUCGGGAUCCCUCCACCAUGUUACCUCCUAUGCCUGACCCUACGGACCAAAUAUCAGAGAAAAUUCCAUCAGAAGAGUAUUUGCCCCAGGCUGCUUCUUACCCUCCAAGGACAGGACACUUCAGUAAGAAUGCCCUCUAUUCCUCAGGCAAAGGGUAUCUCUGCACUGCCAAGGGGGCCUUGGCAAGGAAAGGAGCCUUAGCCUCAGGCACCUGCCUCACUGUGGGUUCUGAGUUUGCCAGCAUCCAGGAAAUGGAAAGAGUGGGUAAGCAGCCCUGUCGGAUGGUGUCCCAGAGCUUAGCAUCUCUGGAUCAUUCAGCUAACAAGCUAAAGCCAAGGGAUGAGCCAGAUGCAUUCACCCCCUCCACCUGUACCAGGAGGGGUAGGGGACUAUCAGACCCUGACCACACACGAGCAGAGUGGCGAAAAGAAGGGAACCUUGGGACCCACAGGCCUGCCAAGGGAGCCUUUUGCAGUUCCUCACAUCCCUGUAGACCCAAACAGGCAUCUGGGCAUGGAAAGGAAGCCAAGACUUUCUGGAAGGAAUCCAAACCAUCUCCUCCAAACAGGGCAUCAAAAAGGCAACAGAGGGUUCUGGUCAAAGACAUUGCCAAAAAGUCCUCUUGUUUGCUUCAUGGCAGCCCUUUGAGGGGACGACACAGUGUGGGAGACCCAGACUCCACAUCCUCACUUAUAGAUUUCAGCCCAAGAGUGGACCAUGUAAGAGAUAAAGAUGGUGACUUAUCUGAUGCAGAUAGCAGUUACUCAGUGGAUUCUCUCUCCUGUGUCUAUGCCAAAGCCCUGAUGGAACCACUGAAGCCAGAGGACCCCCAGGGGAAGGAACAGGAUCUCCCAGAGCCAGAGAACUCUGAAAGUGACGACGGCCAAAUAUCUGAGGACUCGCUGGCUGAGAAGGGGUAUGAAAGCCCACCAGACAGCCCAAGGAGUAGUUAUCUUCCCAAUGGCCAUGGCCACCGCAGGGCCAGAGCUAGAGCCUCUGUGAGGGGCUUCACCACAUCCUCAAACAGUGGACUAUUCACCCAAACUCAUAGGAGCUUUUCUCUGGAUAGCCUGAUUGAUGCCAAGGAGGAACUGAGGGAAGAUCAGCAAGAAGAUCCUUUCUUCAGUUCAGCUGAUGAGAUGCCCACAGAGACUUUCUGGCACCUACAGACCUCCAGUCUGCCCACAGUGGACCAGGAGGCAAUGUCCAGGCUUGGUCCCAUCAACCACGGAACAGGAACCAAGCUGGAUGCCAUCCUGCCAAUGAGCAGUUCAUUUUACCUUGGUCCCCCACCCCAGCCCCACUGUGAGCAACCUGAGUCAGAGGUAGGAGCAAGCUCCUCUGAACAGGCAAACACACUCCAAGGCCUGCAAUUUUCAAGAGGGAGCCCUCUGUUGUCCAUGGAUUCCUGGUUUUCCUGUGACUCUAAGAUCAAUUCCAGCAGCCCCUCAGGAAUAAUGGGUUCUUUAUGUCCAAGUCCAGAUGUCCAGGAAUCUCAGCCCCGUGGUUGGGAGAGGCCUGGACACUGGCAAAAUAUGGAAGAACUAAAGCCAUCAGGGGCAGAAAUACUCCUGCCCUAUAGCUCCAAACUUUCCGGAGAUGGUGCUGAGCUGCCCUGCCGCAUGAGCGGUGUGUACACAAUCCCUGCUUCUGAUACAUCCAGGCUGUCACUCUGGGGGUCUUACAGGCUUCUUCAGCCACGACUUGCUGGCAUCUUUCGGGCCAGAGGUAUCCCUGACACAGCCCAUGAGGCCAACUCUGAAGCAUCCAACAACUCCACUGUGUCAAGUGUUUUGGCUGCCUCUGCUGCCUCAUUCACUCAUGUAGGCAGUGCCCAUGAGAGGGACUGGGCUGCCCUUCAGCAGAAGUACCUCCUUGAACUGUCCCAUCCUGUGUUGGAGGCUGUAAGAGAACCCAGGCCAGCUUUCUCCUCCCUCGAAGAAGACUCUGCCUCCUUGACCCAAGCUUCUGGCAAAGAAACAGAUACUCUAUUGCCAGUUGGUUCUGGGGUAUCUAGCAGUCUGGAUUUCAGCAACUUUCCUAUCCAUUUAUCCAAAAUUAGACCUUUGAGAGCAGAGAAAGAACAGGACAAUUUGAGUGCUGAGUUAGAAGGUACUUCAGAUUUCUUUACAACUAGAGAGAAAGAGCUGAGUCACAGUGGAACUUACUCAGCAGAUGUAGAAUCAUUGACUUCUGGAACUAUAAAUGCACCAGUUUUUGCAGCAGAGAACAAGAUAGCAAAUUCCAUGACUGAAACAUGUGAAGUCAAGCAGAACAGCUUGGAAGGGUGUUCUCAGAGUAGUGGGAAACCUCGACUGAUGACUUCCUCUGAUGAAUGUUUUUUGCAGAAGAACCCUUGUCACGGUCAUGUCACCAUAGCCUCUAAAAAAAACCACUGGCCCCAGGGCUGGGCUCCUCUCAGGACAAAUAGUGCAAGCCAGGAGGGGCAGUUCAGUCCCAGUGGCUACCCACCCCUGCAGGAAGAGAAGGUAGACUAUCAGGAGAGUUCCAGGGAAGUGGUUGGAAGGCACUCAAGUGUUUCAUUUGCGUUUCCAUCAGGUCCAAAGUGGUACCCCCACUCUGCCGCCUGGAAUCCAUUCCCGACUUCCUUGGAGCCACCUCCCUUGGAGACAUUCUAUGUGACCAAAAGCCGGGAUGCCCUGACAGAAACUGCCUUAGAGAUCCCGGCUUGCAGAGAAUCAAGAGUGCCUUCCCCACCCCCCAGGGAAGCCUGGGGCUUUGGUCAUGACCAUCAGGUUCUCCAAAAUAUUUAUUUGAAGAAUAAUUUGCCAGUGCUGUUACAAAACCAGAAUUCUAAGAUUGCCUCAUCUCAGCAGGUCACAGCAACGAGGCCAUUUGAUCUGAACACCAAGGAAGUUAGCAGAGAAAGAGGAAAGUGCCCUGGAAAUAUUGAAGAAGAAAGCCAUAAUUCAGUUUAUUUUUUUGUUGCUCAGAACAGACAUUUUCUUUCAUCUACUAGCACAAAAGUAUGUGAAUUUGAAAAUCAAGUUGGAAUUUUAAAUAAACACAGUCUUUCAGCGCUUAAGGAGGGAGAAAAGGCCACUGUACAGUCCUAUUGCAAUGUUUGCUCAAGGCAUUCUAGGUCUAGGAAGCCUCUCCUUAUUUGUGAGUCUGAGGCAGAUGAGGAAGAAGAGCAGGAUCACAAUGUAGUCCUAAGACAGACUCAGGCCUUUGAUAUAAACAGACAGUUUCCUUCUGGGGCCAGGUCUGAUUUCAUCUAUGAAACCAAUUUAGCCCUUGACAAGGACAUGCUGGGGGAAACUGCUAUUUCUUUGCAGUCCAGAUCAGUACAUUGUAGAGUAAGUGGCUCAAAGAUGAUGGCCCCAGAUGAGAGUCCAGUCCACAAGGGUAAGAGGAAGAAUGAAUUUGAUCUUGGGAAAGCUCUCCAUUCCAAAGGCAGCUCAAAAGAGUUUAAGCUUCCACAGGCAGAGUCUGCAUAUGAAAGAUUCCAGUCAGUUACAUGCUCUCAGGAAAAAAACCUGAGUGAAUGUAAGGGCCCUGGAAGGUCACAAGAAAUGGUAACCCCCAAAGAAGAACCUUCUAGAAAGAAACAGAAUAAAAGAGUCAACAGUGCUGAGGAAAUGGCCAGGCUAAUUAGGAGUGUAAUACAGCUGGAAAAUGGCAUCUUGGAAAUUGAAUCCAAGCAGAAUAAGCAGCUAAAUGCUUCCCACACACUGGGAGUCAGUAAGGAGUUUAUAUUUCAGGACUUGAGGGACCAGGAGAUGGCUGACCAUGAUCUAAGGCCAGGCAGCUUUGGAAACCACCUGUCUUUGAAGGAUCAGCCAUCUUCUCCAAAACAGACAGAUGAUGUUACCUUUAGGGAUAGCGAAGCUGGAGAAAUGGAGCUUAACAGUAGCAUUGGGAAAAGUCCCCAGGUCCAGAAAAUCACCUUGUACCCCUUCAAGUCAAGGGAAUGUGUACAAGACAUUAAGUUUGCAAAAGAACACACUCACCCAGCUGUAUUAGAAAGACCCUCCUGGGACACGUGUGAUGAAGUAGGGACAUGUACAGCUUGUAGAGAGUUUGCAGACACUUGUGCUGAUCCAAGAACCAAGGCAUCGGCUAGUGCUCUGCCAUUGCAGCGGAGCGCCAAGAUGUCUUCUGAGAAGGAGGGCGAGGCGGGGAAUGCAUCCGCAAGCCCCAGAGGGCAGCCCUGUGGCUUGGGAAGUCUUGAGGAACUGGAAACUGUGAAAAGUUUUUGGGAAAGCCAAGUUGUCAAAUGUGUAAGUAGUUCUAAGCAAGAGGAGUCCAAAGUUCAAGGCAGAGUUGAGGAAAUGGCUGUGCGAAGAGGAGGGAGCCUACAGGAGGAAAACACAGUGGCCUCAUCAACUCAGAAACUUCCUAGUCCAAGCCAGCAUUGUAUGGGCACAUCUUCCAGCCAGGAGACUGACCCGUUGCUGAGCCAGCCAGACUCCUCUGCAGUUCUUCAUGAAGACCUGAGUAAUACCUUGUCCUUGAAUUGUCCAAGGCUGCCAAGAGACUAUCUUCAUGCACGUGAUACUGUAGGCAUCUCUUCAGUUGACUUUGUGCUGGAUCCCAUAAUGUUGAGAAUGCCUAACAGUCCCUUGGUAACUGGAACAGGGAGUCAGAAUCAGAGUGGAGAGCCCCGAAGCCACAGUCCUCAGGGAAAUGUUAGAGGGGCCUCCUCCUUGGCACACUCUGCUUGGUGUGGGUCUGUGAUAUCCACGGCUAUGGGAUCUCAUGGUCAAUCCCAUGUAUCAGAGGGCAUUCCCGUGGGGGCAGAGGGCCACAGAUCAGCAAGUACCCAAGACCAAGGAGGGGAUCUCAGAAGCAUCUCAGUGGGCUUGAGUCCCAGAGAGGGUUUUGCUUCUGAAGCCGAGGCAGGUGUACAAAGAGGAACAGAAAGAACCAGUUCCCUGAACAGGGUCUCUAGCCCACUUGAAAAGAAGGCCUGCUGCCUCUUAGAAGAGGGUAAUAAUCAAGGCCGGCAGGCGAGGCAGAAGGCAGAGAAGGAGGCCAAGGACCUUGGUUCUCCUAGUGGUACUUUCUCAGCACCUGUGUCCCUGCCAAGGGUGCCUCACCCAGAGCGCUGGGCUCAUAUGUCCAUGGGCCUGGCUGUGUUGGAGGAGAUCAGACAAGCAAAGGCCCAGGGAAGGCAGCUUCAUGACUUGGGGGCUGGAGGCAAAAUUCUUCCUUACUAUGAGACUUUAUUAGGACCUGAAUGUUCUUCAGGGGCCCUGGGUAGGUCUCAGUGUCCACGAGGGGACCAGUUAGUAUCAGACAGGACGAGGAAUGAGGCUGAAGCGCAAGGAUUUCAGGUGGCAUCUCUCUUUGCUGAAUCAGGACAUCUGUUGACUAAUGAGAGGAAAGUUCCUCAGGCCACACCCCUCCCUGCAGACAGCUUUCAACAUCCGCCCAACACAGAGGCUAAAACAGGGCCACAGCAUCCCUCACAGGCUUCCUCCCAUGUAGCCCCAACUCUAGGCAAAAGCCAUUGUGCUGGAGAACUGAGACAUUUUCUGGGAGCCGGUGAACAGUUUGUAUGUCACUCUUGUUCUGAAAUCAGAGAGAAAAAGAAAAAAGCAACCAGAACACCUUACUUUUCUGAUCCUGUGGGCUCAGGCAGUUUUCCUUCAACAGCUGUAGGAGACAGGAGGGAAAUACCAAAGAAAGUAGUGGCUCCCUUAUCUUCUUGGGCCCCUAAUGAUGACCCUGGUGUGAUUCCCUGUCGGGGAAGCCAGUUAGGUCUGUGGGACACUGCAGAGGCCAUGUGCCCUGGUGGUCAGGAGCGCAGCCCAGCGCAUCAAGAACCUAGAAUUCUAGAUACCGCUUGUAGAGGAGGUUCAGGUAGUUUCUUAGUGGCUACACAGGGAGGAAAAACAACCUAUUUUGAAAGUCAGCUUUUGACCUGUGACGUUCAGAAUUCUGUCAGCCUCUCAGAGAGUACCCAAGACUACUCCCAAUGCCUUGAGGCUUCCACUGGUUUAGAAGAAAGGAGGGGAAGUCCCAAACAGGGUACCAUCCUGCCUAGAGCCCUGAGGAGCGUUGAACCGGAAACUCCCUUGCAGCAGUGUGUGAAGUGGAAGGAGACUGUUGGCUGUGGGCUGGCAGAAGCCUGCAGUGCUGGCAGCAAACAUCCUGGGCUGACUCCAUUGCCAGAUCAAAGACCUAGCCCAGGUCCUGGGGAAGUUCAGGAGGAGGCCCAGUGCAGAUGCCCACAGCAGACUUCCUUUUGUGUUGUCUUCUUAGGGAACAUUGAAAGCAGCAGGACUCUUAGUCCAUCUGGGGGGCAGGAAGACAGCAGAACAACUCCUUGCCGACAUCUGUGCAAUCCUCAACCUGCUGCUUCUCUUGCCUGUUUCUCCCCACCCUCCACUUUACUGUGUUAUAAGGAUGGUGACCUGGGAAAAGGGAGUUCCAAGGCUGCCCCACACAUUCUCCAGCCGCCCUGCAUAGUGCCUUCCAGAGCCUUUGGAAUGGAUGAGAGAGGAGAGAGCUACUCUGGGGAACUUGAAGUGCUCUUGGCACCUGGCCUUGAGCCCAAGGGCAUUCACAGAGAAUUUGGGCCAACAGACAGCAGCACUCGGGAGCCUUCUACUUCUGCUGCUGUCCUAUCUCUGGCUCAAGGGGGUACAUCCCCUUCUGCCUCUCAUGUGGGGACAAAUUCACUGAGUCACUCAGUGGCUAAUGGAAGCUCAAGGUCAGUAGAGGAUCCUGAGAAAAAGAUUGCUGAGAAGAAAGCCAGCACAGAGCUUGAGGCUGCCCUUUCCUCUGUAGGCUUGUGCUCUGAGCCACUGAGGAUGUUUCAGGACAGCUCUGGAGGUGGCCAGAAUGCACAAGAGUCUCAAACCAAGCCAGAACCACCUUCAACAACUGAGAGACCACACACCCUGGAUUUAGGUGAAGGGUCUUUUGAGAGUGAGCUUCUGGGGGAACCACAGCAUGGAUACCUAGGAAAUGCAAUCCAAUGCCUUCCAGAAAAGCGACAACUUUCCACUAAGUCCAGAGGUCACAGUGGCUUGGAUCCCCAAGCCAAGUUUGUGGCAAAGUUAAAACACAUCUCCAGGCACCAAGCUGACAGUCCCUGGGAGGAGGAAGAGCAGCAGAAAGACCAGGUUUCGGGUGGUGGUAAAGAACCUGCCCAGGGCAGGAAUUCUCAACCUUCCCAGGAAGGUAGCUUGGACAGCUGUCAGAUUAGAGAUGCAGGCAGAGAGGAGGCACAUGCAGCCGAGCCCUCUGUAUCUAAGAUGGUCUCAUCAGGCUUCAAAGACUCAGCUACCAUGCCUUUGGGGCAAAGUGGAGCCCCACAGCCCACACCCCUGAGCCCUGGCCUGCCCCCCUCUGGCAGGGAGCAGCUGGCUCCCCACAACGGGUGCUCACUUCCUGUGAUUGCAGUCGUCUCUGGCCCCAAACACUCUAGGUCCUCCCUUAGCCCACAGUUCUCUGUGGUUAGCUCUUCCCGGUCUCUUCAGGAGCUGAACAUGAGUGUGGAGCCUCCUUCCCCCACAGAUGAAGAUACACGGGAGCCUAACAUAAUGUGGUUUCCACAUCCCAGGGACUAUUUCUCAGGUAAUUCAGCAGUGAAAACAUCUCUGAAAGCUGAGGGCUGUGGUCGGAAAGCCUCAUCUAACUUGGACAAUAGCACUGCUGAUCACUGGCCCCCGAAACCUGCCACUCCUCCUUACCCAAGGUCAUCAGCUCUCUCUUGCAUGCCAACCCCUGAUUUCAUGACCUGCUGGACAUCUAGUACCCUGGAAGAGGCCUGGCAGGAAAGUCCAGAGAGACCAGUUGGCCAGGCCAGGCCAGAAAAGUGGCGUUCCAAAGCAGACAAAGGAAUGUUACACUUUGACUCCAGUGACAUCAAUCCCUACAUCCUAUCCUCCAGUCCAGAGAGGCCUGUGCAGAUCGGCUGGAAGCAGUAUGUGUUUGGCAGUGCAGUGGAUGUCUCCUCUGGCCAGACACCCCAGGGCCUGAUACCAUCAAAUAUGGCCCAUUGUUCAAGCAUGGACAAUGGCCUAGAAUGCCAGAACUCUCCACUCUAUUCCCACCUCAGCACCUGUGCCAAUGCCCGGGACCUGUCGAGCCCACACAGCAUUGGAAAUGCCCAGGGUUCACGUGAGGCCUCGGAAGUACGGGGUUCCUUGUGUGCCUUGGGGAACCUCCACAUCCUGAACAGCCCUGAAGGAGCAACCCCCAGUAAGGGUCCUGACAAGAGAGCCCAGUUCCCGGGCACCCCUGAUGAAGCAGACUGGCUGAGGAGUGAGCCCCUCUUGGCUGAAGGAAGUGCUGCAGAUCCAGUGGAUGAGAUUAUGCUGCUGUAUCCAUCAGAGGCGGGUGGUCCUGUGGAACAGUCCAGGAUGGACACCUCGGAGCAGGGCACACAGACCCUGGGGUGUAGUCUCUGCUGGAGCUCUACCGACAUCUCCUCUCCUCCGCCAGAAACCAGUGCAGUGCCAGUCUCUGGUCUGGUCUCCUGGACCAGCAUGCAUAAUCUGUCUCUCCACCUCUCACAACUGCUGCACAGCACCUCAGAGCUGUUGGGGAGUCUCUCACAGCCAAGUGUGGCUGAAAAGGAACAGAACAUCAAGAGGGAAACCCCAGAUGAGGUGACCCAGGCCCUUAUGAUAGACGGCUGCACUCAGACCACCAUGGACAAGUGUAUCCAAACUGACCUGGCCUUGCCACCUCUGCCCUUUCAGGCCCCAGAGGCCAACCCUCAGGAGGUCAGUGUGGUCCUUGAAGUGCUGGGCUCAGAUAUUCCCACCAUGUCUCAAGAGCAGAGGUAUGUCACAGGGAUGCUUCAGAAGAUAGAGGCAGAGGAAACAGCAUGGAAAAUGGCAGAGCCUUCAGAACUUCAGGAAGAAAGCACCCACUGCAGGCCCCAGAGCCUUCCAGCACCCCCAUCCCACUUGAGGUUUCAGAAAGCUCACUUUGGGCAGAACCUCCUUUCUGUGAGCCCUCAGGCUUCCCCUGAUGCCUCCCUACCUCCCAGCUCCCAGCCAGAGGAACCCUCUGGCCUGGCUGUUGGUAGCCCGAGCCUCAGUGGCUCCCAAUCCCCAGAGCCCUGCCCCAGUGCUGCAGAGUCCGUCAGGGAUCCUAAGGUUGAGACGGAGCUGGGCACCAUGGGUAUGUUGUUAGUGGAGAGGGCCUCCUCCCCAAUCCUCACGCUUAGUGCCAGCACCCAGGGAUUGGGGUUCCCUGCAGACUCUUUGUCGCUCACAGCCCCCUCAGCUUGUCCUCUUGAAGGCCACCAGGAGCUUGUCUCCAGCCCAGACCUUCUCCUUGAUACCUCCAGGCCUCCAGUGGAUAAUCAUUCUCAAACCACUGAGGAGUCAGGUGGCUCCCAGAGAGUGGGGGCUCCGUGUGGGGAAGGCAAGCGUCCCUUAGAAAGGAGUGAUGGCAGGUCAUUCCUUGAGGUAAGCUCGCCAGGCAGCCCACCACAGAGCCCGAAACUCCAAGUCUGUCUGUUAGAGCAGCCGCCUCUGCAGCUUCAGCCCAGGACCACCACCUUGGUCCAAAGUGGACUGCCACCACCCUCACUGAGGAGCAGGGGCCAGAGGCUGGCUGAUGGCUUUGUGCCGGAGGACCUGGCUUCCUUGGGGUCUGGCCCAGUGAGGAGUAGGGGGCCAAGUCAAUGGCAGAGCAAGACAGAAAAUGGGGGUGAGAGUUCAGCAUCUCCGGUGGAGCCACAGCCCACUCUGGACUUCUCGCCUUCAAGGGGAGGCCUCCAGCCCCUCAGCCCCUGCCCUGUCUCUGAGUUGACUGGUAGAGCAGGGCUCCAGGGUUCCACUUUGGGCCCGACCAAGGCCUGCCAGUCUGAGGUGCUGCUGCGCUCCGGUUCCCAGGUGUGCAUGGCCCCUGAGCCCCAGCAUCACGGCCUGAGGGACUUCCCAAUGCAUAACAAAUUUACUCAUUGGCAUGGGGUUCAGGAUGGCUCUCCUGGGGGGCUAGGUGUGAUGGAGUCACUGGGGACCAGAUGUGAUCUGAGCUCUGGAGAUCAGGGACAGAAGCCCCUGCAACCUCCUGACGACCAGAGCCAGGAUCCUCAGUGGUCCCAGAGGGAGCCGAUCCCCCUGCAAGUUGGGGCCCAGAACCUCUCACUCAGCAUGGAACUCACAGAAGCGAAACUGCACCACGGCUUUGGGGAGGCAGAUGCCCUGCUGCAGGUGCUACAGAAUGGGACAGGGGAGGCGCUCGCUGCUGAAGAGCCUGUGCGGUCUGCCUGGGAGGAGCUCUAUGCCCGGCAAAAACAAACCAUUGAGACCCUCCGGAGACAGCGGGCUGAACGACUUCAGAACUUCCACUGGACACGGAACCUCAGUCCCCAGAAGCAAGUGAGCCUCUUGCCCAACAGAGAUCUCCCCACCCGGGACCCUGACCUACCCAGCAGGCGCCGAGAGUACCUGCAGCAACUGAGGAAGGAUGUUGUGGAGACCACCAGGAGCCCAGGGUCGGCAUCGCGGUCUGCUCACCCUGCCUCUGACAUAGCACUGAUGCUGCAAGAAUACCAGCGUGCCCGAGAGGAGGCCAAGGUGGAGAUUGCCCGGGCCCGGGCCCGGCUACGGGAGCAGACUGAGCAGGAGAAGCUGAGAAUCCGCCAGCAGAUCAUCUCCCAGCUGCUCAGGGAAGAAGAAAAACUGCACACCGUGGCCACGUCCAACUCCCUGUGUACCAGCUCCAAUGGAAGCCUCUCCUCUGGUGUUACCUCCGGCUACAAUAGCAGCACAGCCUUGCCAGACCAGCUCCAGUCCCCGGACAGUGUGGGGGACAUAAACUUGCCUGAUUCCAGUGACUCCUGGAUAGGGGAUGUUCGGGGCAGUUCCACAGUGAGGAACAGUCACCUGAGCCACAGAACCUCCCUGGGCAGCUGCUGCACUUCUCUGUCCAGCCUUUCCAGCCUGGGGACCUGCUUCUCCUCCUCCUAUCAGGACUUGGCCAAGCACAUCGUAGACCUCUCUGUUGCUGAUGUAAUGGCUGCUUGCUCCGAUGAUCUGCACAACCUCUUCAGCCGCCAGGCAGCAGCUGGCUGGAACUAUCAGGGUGAGGAGCAGGAGGUCCAGCUUUACUACAAGAUGUUUUCUUCUACUCGGCAUGGCUUCCUGGGGGCAAGCGUGGUGUCCCAGCCACUGUCUCACGUAUGGGCAGCUGUGAGUGACCCCACCCUGUGGCCGCUGUACCACAAGCCCAUCCAGACAGCAAGGCUGCAUCAUCGAGUGACCAACAGCAUCAACCUGGUAUACUUGGUGUGCAAUACUGCCCUUUGUGCCCUGAAGCAGCCACGAGAUUUCUGCUGCGUCUGCGUGGAAGCCAAAGAGGGGCACCUGUCUGUCAUGGCAGCUCAGUCUGUUUAUGACACAUCCAUGCCGAGACCUAGCAGGGAGAUGGUCCGAGGGGAGAUCCUGCCCAGUGCCUGGGUCCUACAGCCCAUCACCAUGGAAGGAAAGGAGAUCACCAGAGUCAUCUACUUGGCCCAGGUGGAACUUGGCGCGCCAGGCUUCCCCCCUCAGCUCCUAAGCUCCUUCAUCAAACAGCAGCCGCUGGUGAUAGCCAGACUGGCUUCCUUCCUUGGUAGUUAG